AUGAAAUCAACUACCCCAACAAAAUCAAAGCCAAAAACACUGGAAAAUCCACAGCAACUCCAAGAAGAAUUCAACAAGCGUGCAAUUAAUCUCUUUUAUUCAAUGUAUACUACACCUUCUGUCGAUGAACUUAUGAAUUUUCCACCUGUACAAGAGCAACCACCAACAGAAGGUGCUAAACUCAAAGCCAAAAUAGAAUUUCAUUCUGGUGUCUGUGAUUAUAAGCUUCGUCGUAAAGUUCAAAACUCAGUUUAUCAAUCAAAUAGCGUUCUUGUUCAAUUAGGAGAAACGGUAGAAAGACAGCCUGAUAUAAAGAAUACACAAAUAAUUAAUGCUGAAGAGAUUUUUGCUCCGGAAAAGGCUCAACGUUCUGAAAAGCCACUUUAUCUUCAAAACCAAGAAGAAGACGAGCAAAACUAUGAAAAAAGCAUACACAUUUCACAUAAGCCUCUUAAUAUUCCUGCAAUUGAAAAAGAAUAUAAACAGCGUCUGAAAAAAUCUGAGGAGACUGGAAAGGCGAGAUGCAUGAGAAGAUAUAGAUUCAUCAAAAAGACCGAAAAAGAGCAUAGAGAUUUCGUCAGCUCGUUAUCAAAACCAAGAUCAAAAGCUCAAUAA